UCCUAAAAACUUUUAUGGAUCUACAAAGAGGUUAAGAAUCCCAUUUCGAAAAACUGUUUUUCCUGUAAAUCAAUCUGAACUAUCUGAAGUCAGUGAUCUUUCAGGAGAAUCUUUGAAGACUUUAUUACAUCAGAGUCAGAAUCAGAAUAUGGUACUUCAGAAUGGGAUAGUGAGACUUCAGAUGGUAAUGAACAACAGCAAGCUCCACAGUUAUCAUCAUCUAAAACACAUCAACAUUUACUGCAACAACCACAACAACAUACCAACCACAGGAAGAAAAAAAGAAAUCUUAUUUGGAAAAUUAAAAAAGAUGUUCAGCAAAUAAACCUUCCAUUUCAAAACAGUGAAGAUAAAGAAGAUGAUAAUAAUGGAAUCUCAGAUGAGCCAAUAUCAUAUGUAAGAAGAUUUUUAACUGAUGAACUUCUUCAAAAGAUUGUUAAUGAGUCUAAUAAAUAUGCAUCACAAAUAAAUAUAGAGAAUAUGUUACGUUUGGAAAAAGAUGAACUUGUGCAAUUUAUUGGCAUUUUGUAUUUGAUGAGUAUUGUGAAGCUCCCAUCAACACGCAUGUAUUGGAGCAAUGAGUUGUAUUUUGAAAAAGUUGCUGCAGUGAUGACAUUAAACCGAUUUGAAAAAAUAAAAUUAUUUUUUCAUUGUAAUGACGAUAGACAGCGUCCAGAAAACUGUACUGACAAGCUUUACAAGAUACGUCCUAUCAUUAAUAUGCUGAAAGAAUCUUUUAUUAGUCUGAAACAUGACGAAAUCCUGUGUAUUGAUGAACAGGUUGUUCCUUUCAAAGGAAGAUCUUCGUUAAAACAGUAUAAUCCUCAUAAGCCAAAAAAGUGGGGUUUCAAGUUUUAUAUCUUAGCUAGUGUUGAUGGACUAGUUAAUAAUUUUGAAAUACAUUCCGGUUCAAUUGAUGUUUGUGUAGGACAGCCUGAUUUAAAAGCAUCUGGAAAUAUUGUGAUGCACCUGUUAGUCAAUGUAUCAAGGCAUAAAUGGCACACAAAUGGUUGUUUUUUGACAAUUGGUACACUGGGUUUGACCUAGUGAAAACACUUUACCACCAAGGCAUAGCAUGCACUGGAACAGUUUGUACAAACAGGCUUCCAAAUAUUAAAAUGCCUACUGAUGUGCUGAGGUUUGAUAACAGGGGUGUUGGAUUGUUAACAAGUUAUGAGGUGGUGAAUCCAAUAACCAUUGUAAACCGUUGGGAUAGAAAAACCAAGAGAAUUGUUCAAGUCAAAAGGCCAUCUGUUGUUACCACAUACAACACACAUAAGGGUGGGGUGGACCUUCUUGAUAGCAUGUUGAGUCUUUACAGGAUCCAUAUUCGAUCUAAAAAGUGGUAUCACAAACUCAUUUAGCAUUUUUUUGAUUUGAUUGUAGUACAAGCAUGGAUACUCUACUGUAGGGACAUGAAAAAGUCACAAGCUUUAAAGAAAGAUAUUCUUGCGCAUAUUUAAGCUGAAAGUUGCAAAAUGCUUAGUUCAGUCUGACAAGGCUUUAAGCAGCAGACGAGGACAACCAUCCACUUCUGUUGACCAUCUUCAUAGAUUGAAGAGAAAGAGGGGUCCUGUUGCAAAUAUACCUGAACCAUCCACUAGGAAAGAUAAUAUUGGUCAUUUUCCUUCUUUUGUUGACAAAAAAGGGCGUUGCAAAUAUCCAGGCUGCACUGGAAUAACGAAAGUUUUUUGUGAGAAGUGUAAAGUUCAUUUAUGCUUUACAUCUAAUUCAAAUUGUUUUCGAAAGGUUCAUGAAUAAUUCUUGAAAUACUUCUUGUUUUUUAUUUACAGUUUUUUGAAAUUAAGAUAAUAGUUAAGCUUGUAAACUAAUUCUUACUUUGAAAUUUUUUUGAAAGAUUUUCUUGUUUUAACCAAGAGCUGUAACUAAAUGUUAAGUAAAUUGGAUUUUUAAUUACAAUUAUUCUGUAGUUAUUUGUAUUUUAGAAUUCUUGUUUAGACUUUGUGGUCAAUUUACAAUAUUAUCUUCUUCAGAUAAACUACUCUUUGACAUUGUAACUUAGUUUAAAAAACUGUCAUAACUGCAUAUUGUUGCCUUAAAGCAACAAAGUCCAAAAAACCUAAGUAAAAAGGUAAAAAAUUUUUGAUUAUUUUUUGUUUUCAUAGUCCUCAAAUAAUAUUUUAAAAGGAUUUUCAAAUUUUUUAAUCAUUAGUGGAAUAAAUCAUGCAAUAUAGGGUUAAACAUCUAAACUCUCAUUGGACUGUGUGGAAGCUGCAAGACAAACUUUAUCAGUAAUUUAAUGUUAUCAAUUAAGCUGUAGAAAAUUCCUGAUUAUUGUUUCUCAAGAAUAAAAGUUUAUUGUUUAUCC